AUGAGUUCGAAGAAACCCACUGAUUCCAAUCAACAAAAACACUGGACUCGACAUUCUAAACAAUUUAACAAUGAAUCGAACGACGAAGAAGAUGAUGAUGAUGAUGUUGAUGAUGAGUCUGAAGAUGUCGAAAUGCCUUCGACUCUUCAAGAUAGUUCAAAUGAAUCAGAUGAUGGUGUGGUGGUAAAGGAUUCAGGCGAUGAAUCUGCUGCAAGUACUGAUGAAACUGGGAGUGAUAGUGAUGAUGAACCACCUAGACGUCGAGCAAAACGUCAACCACAAGUUGAACCAUCACCAGUUCAAAUAUAUACAGCAAAAUCUGGACGUCAAUGGACAUCAAAGGAGCCUCCAAAACGAAAAAUACCAUCAGCUAAUAUCUUACGACAACAAAAUAGUGUUGGACGACCAGCUGUAGAUGUACAAACGGUGAAAGAAGCAUUUCAGGUUUUAAUCACUAAAGAAAUGGUGCUUCUUUUAGUGAAUGAAACAAAUCGACGAGCGCAUCUUAUUCUGAUAAAGAAUAUCAAUGGAAAGAUACUGAUGUUGAAGAAAUGUGGGCUUUCAUUGGAUUAUUACUUCUGGCAGGUGUUCAUCGAGCAAAGAAUGAAAGUCUAA